ACCUUGUUCCAGCGACGAGCCACCCGAAAGCCAGCUGUUUGCAGCGAAUACAUUUCUGGCCAACGCCACCGGGCCGGCACGCAUCCCACCCUCUCUCUCUCUCUCUUUAUCUUUAUUUUUUUAUUGUUAAAAGGCCGCGGUAGCAGCCUCAUAUUUUAACCGUCCAACAUGAGUCAGGAUGUGAGAGGGGUGCUGCCCUGCUAUCGCUAGCUAGGCGGACACAUUCCUUCAACCAGCGUUGCGGUUUCAAUCACUGCGGGGUUGACUCAACGUUUAGCCGAGGCGUUCGUACCGCGAACAGGGCUGCUCUCAGUAGCCGUUACGCUACAGUGUUUUUUUCCCCUGUUUUUUUUUUUUUUUUUUUUAAAGCCAACGGUCGCUUAAUGUAGUUAACUCAGACCAACGGACGCAUUGCUGCGGCGUAGCUCGUGCACUAACGGUUACCGCUCCAACGUUUAGCUCACUAGCUAGCGAUACUACGCGUUCUAAAGCGCGAGCCAGCUAGCCGACGGUUGGGGUUGAGACCGCGCAGAGCAGUCAGCCGUUACGGGCUCCAGGCUGCCGGGACGCCGCAGUGUUGGAGCGGCCAGUGACAGACGAGCACAGGCGGUUACUGAUCUAAUAAAAACAGCGGGGUUAAGUGGCUAAUCUGCGGCAGUUGCAGUGAUUUAUUUUUUCUAACAUUAACUGUAUUAAAGGCCCUGCCGUGUCUCCACUCCCCCCCCUUCUCCCGCCGUGAUUUGACGCACACACACCCGGUGGAGUCGCAGUUGUUCUCGGCUGGGGGGACAACUUGACAGCGAGGCCCCUAGCUAGUCUCCCCCUCCCCCUCCUCCCCCUCCCCGAGUCCCGUCCAUCCAUCCGUCCGUGCAGCCCGACAGACCUCCACCUCCUCUUCCUCUCGCCUGAGAUUUUCGUCUCCCUUGUGUGUGUGUGUGUGGGGGAUAAACUGAAACCGUGGGUCGCAUCCCGUCUCCACCGGGCUGCCACAACCAGAGGGGAUGACUCUGGAGUCCAUGAUGGCUUGCUGCCUGAGCGAAGAGGCGAAGGAGUCGAAACGAAUCAAUGCAGAGAUUGACAAACAACUCCGCCGAGACAAGCGCGACUCCAGACGGGAGCUGAAGCUGCUUCUCCUGGGUACCGGAGAAAGUGGCAAGAGCACCUUCAUCAAGCAGAUGAGGAUCAUUCAUGGAGCUGGGUACUCAGACGAAGAUAAGAGAGGCUUCAUCCGACUUGUUUACCAAAACAUCUUCACCUCCAUGCAGUCCAUGAUCCGGGCCACCGAGACCCUUAAGAUCCCCUACAAAUUUGAACAGAAUCGGUCUAACGCCAUGCUUGUGAAGGAGGUGGACAUUGAGAAGAUCAAUGGGUUUGACUAUCCCUACAUUGCAGCUAUCAAAUGCCUGUGGUCUGACCCGGGGAUCCAGGAGGCCUAUGACCGCCGCAGAGAGUACCAGCUCUCUGACUCCACUAAAUAUUAUCUUUCCGAUCUGGAUCGUAUUGCAGAUUCCGGCUAUCUUCCCACUCAGCAGGAUGUGCUCAGGGUGCGCAUCCCCACCACAGGAAUCAUAGAGUACCCGUUCGACUUGCAAAGCAUCAUUUUCAGGAUGGUGGAUGUCGGAGGUCAGAGGUCAGAGAGGAGGAAGUGGAUUCACUGCUUUGAGAAUGUCACCUCCAUUAUGUUUCUUGUGGCGCUGAGCGAGUACGACCAGGUCCUGGUGGAGUCCGACAACGAGAACCGCAUGGAGGAGAGUAAAGCUUUGUUCAGGACUAUCAUUACCUAUCCCUGGUUUCAAAACUCCUCCGUCAUCCUCUUCCUCAACAAGAAGGACCUGCUAGAGGAGAAGAUCUCCUACUCACACUUGGUGGACUAUUUCCCAGAGUUUGAUGGUCCACAGAGAGAUGCACAGGCAGCGCGGGAGUUCAUCCUCAAGAUGUUUGUGGACUUAAACCCAGACAGCGAUAAGAUCAUCUACUCUCACUUUACGUGUGCCACGGACACUGAGAACAUCCGCUUUGUGUUUGCAGCUGUCAAAGACACCAUCCUACAGCUCAAUCUCAAAGAGUACAAUCUGGUGUGAGGGGCCAGCGUACGACGACGACGGCACAUCUCCUCCCCCAUUGCACAAAUGCACACCUCUUUGGGAGUGAGCGCUCAAGUUCACACGCAUUACACAGCACACCAUGCCGGAUCACACAAACACGCAAGCACGCAUGUACACGCACACAAACACACUUACAGAACCCUUCCUUUUUUUUUUUUUUUUUUUUUCCCAGUACAGUACAUUCACAAAUCCUCCCACCUGCAAACGCCGCCCCUCCUCUUUCACCAAAGCUCGCCCUCUUCCUCCGUCGCUCGGCAGCUUGUUGUGUCAGAGUAACCGCUCCUCCCAAAGCUGCUCCGUGUGUCAGGUUUGGCCUCGGCUGCUGGCUCUGGCACAUUUCAUCUGGCACACAAACCUUUCACAAGGACUGUACAGUGACUGAAGAGGACUUUGGUGUUUGUGUGUGUGUGUGUGUGUGUGUGUGUGGGGGGGGGUACUUACUUGUGUGUGUGUGUGUGUAUUUGGGGCAGUAUUGACUAGCGAGGAGCUGUGAAUUGGUGAAUAGCGGCAUCAAACCCCUUUGGCCCUCUGGAGUUAACCCCUCAGCGGUGUGAGAUCAGAUCCUCUGUCGUGUCCUUUGUGAGCUCCUAUCUGUGUGGAAGGAAGUGAAAGCUAAAUCUCCUGAAACCAUCGAAGAACCCGUGGGUGGCAUCAUGCUUCGAACGACAGAGUGACUUGGACAGGAAGUGAAGUCGCAGACCUGACACAAGGGGGCGGGGCUGAGGAUUCUGUCUCCAUCUAGCAUCUAUGAAUGUACCCACCAGUGUGAGCAUCGCAAUCUUAAAAAAAAAUAGAAAAAAAAAAUCGAGAUAUAUUAUGACGUAAAUGCAUAAAUAAACACACUUAAGUUAAAAAAGCACGAGAGGGCAAGACAUAGCUAAUCAAAAUCUGUUAAUUGCUGAGGGUUUUUUUUGUAAUGUUUUUAAUGAUAGAAAUUUGUUGCUACGUGUACUUCUAUUAACGAAUAAUGGCUAAAAGGAAUGGUGAGGAGAAUUGGUGAGAAAAUCUAUAAAAACUUUUAAACUUUGCUAAUCAAAGACAACAAAAAAAGAAGCAACCAGAAAUUUUACUUGACAUAAGUAUCCUUUAAAGGUUUUGUGGUAUUUGUUUUUUUAAGUUAAUCACAUUGCUUCCCUCAUCCAGAUGUUUUCUGUAUGGAUUCACAGGGGCAAUCUUCCAUGUGACCUUUGCAGCAUCUGGCUCCACUGAUACACUCCCAUACCCUUAUUACAAAACACUAGUAGCGGGUGAGAGGACCUUGCUUUUAACACGGGCUCUGCUCUGAUUGGUGGAAGCAGAUGUGAAAGGGGAGCAUGAUGUCAUCAGUGUUUAUCAGCCCACAGAGCACAUCUUCAGCUCGGGCUGCAAGUAGCUUAUUCAACAAAAUAAAAGCUGUAAAUUAAACACGCCCACACCCUGGGAUGUGAAUGGAAUCCAUGUGGUAACAUCUCUGAUGACGUCACACCUGUGUCACUCAGCCGUCCAAUCAGACACACUUCCUGACGGUGACAUGGUCAUCACAUCAGGAUGUGCUUCUGUUUACUUUUUUUUUUUUUUUUAACUGUAAAGUCACUUUGUUUAUAUUCAGAUUGCUUGCUGUUGAGUGGUGAGAGGAAGGGGGGUUAUGAACCUUUCACAGAUAACGCACUCUGAAGUCUGCAAACGUUGUUUGUGUAUAUUCGUUUGUAAAUACAUAUACACAAAACACUCCUGUACAAAAAACGCUCUGUGGUACACCAUCUUUGGCAAAAAACAAAACAAAAAAAAUAACAAAAAAAAAAAUCAACUUCUUUCGUUAGCAUACAGUUUUUUCCUAUGAAUUUAUGGUAGUAGUAAUACUGUGAUUAUGGAUUUUGUUCACUUGACUACACGGAGCUGAGUGGUGUUUGAGGAAACGAUCGGCAAGGAGCAAUAGUCAGAGAAAAGAGGUUCCUCCCUACUACUGCGACUAACUAGGGCUGGUAAAAGUCUUCACAGUAUGGUGACAAGAUGAUUUUAAGAGUAAUUUUUUUUUUUAUUUAUCUAAUUUAUGGACCAGGUUUGAAGGUGUUGAUAAUUUGAUUGCUUUUGAGUCCGUCAUGUUGAAGUGCUCCUUUUUUUUCAUGGCGGAGCCUACUUGAGUCUGAACUGCUGUGUUUAAAAAAAAAAAAAAAAAUGAAAAAAAAAUGUCUGGUAUAGUAAGGACUUUAUCUAUGCUUUCUAUUUCUUAUCGAGACAUUUCCAGUUGUACUUUGCCAUCACGACUCCAUCCAUGAUAAUACUGUUUGGUUUUCUUUAGGAGCCCUCACAUUUGUUUUGUUUGAUUUAAGAAAAAGAAGAAAAAAAAAAAGAGAGAAACUUGUAUUUCCUCUCGGUUUAUAGACUCAGCGCUGUAACGCAUACCUAGAAAAAUGUACAGUACGAACGUAGGUGGACUUUUUUUUAUCAAUGAUUGAAGACCCAUGCGGUCCAUGCUUGCUAUUUGUAAUUUAACACAAAAAUUCUGUUGUCGGUUUUUUGCAUUGUUAAUUUUCCAGUUUUUUGAGGCUUGCUUUGAUAGUGCCAGUGAAGUGCAGAUAUACUUUUUUUGGUCUUUGACCUUUUCUACAGGUGACUUAUUUUUCAUCCUCAUUAAGGGCUAUCGCAGUGCAUCAGACAGUGGGGAGUGGCGAACAGGACCACAGUGAACAAGUCAUCCACUACCACUCCUUGUUUAUGAAUGGAGAUUACUUGCAGUAUGUGCUAUAGGAAGUAUAGGCAGGGUGUUAAUGCAAGCAUAAGGUGUAUGUAGAGAGUUUACCUACACUAAAAGGUUUUCUUCAUCUAUUUAUUUUAUGUAUCUGGCCCUUUGAUGAAUUAGGAGGACCCAGUAUCUGACUCUCCACCCUUCACUUCUACUUAUUUUUAUGCAUUUGGUAUCACAGUGUUUUCCUGUAAUACUUCACGCAGUGUAGAAACACUUAGCAGUAAAGACACUACUACCAUGACAAGUAUUUCAUGUUUCCCCAAGUAUUUUGACUUAAUGACCAUACUUUGUGGCUUUGCAUGUUUUAACACAUUAACUACAAAUCUUAUACUUUAUUGAUGACUUUUUCUCAUAUUUUUAAGUUGAUUUCCUGCUUUUUGUGCAGCUGUUUGAUUCUGUUCAUGCUAGAAAGAUAUGAGGAGUGACUUGCAGAGAGUUUAAAUGUGAUUUAAGGAGGGAAUCCAAUCCACAGAUUAAAAAAAAUAAAACGAUCGAUACAGUGUUAAUUAGUGAGAAGGGUCUGCUUAAAAACUCUCUUGAUAUUGCAUUCAAAGAAGCUCUGACCAUCUUUGUUUUCCUGAUAGAGAACUGUGCUCUCUUUUCCAGAUUUAAAAUCUGUAUACCACACUGUAUGGAACUUAUUUUUAGGUAAAAAAAUCAAACUGAAUCCGAGGUUAAAUGAUCCUGCAUAUCUAAUUGGUGCACCAUCUGUUUUCUCAACUGCAUUACCACGCAACUUUUAGAAAAACAUAACAUGACUGUGUCACCUAUCUCAAACCGUUUUUGUGUCAGUUGAUUUUCUGAGAUGAACAGAAACAAAAGGCUGCUGAAAAGGCAGAGAAUCAAUCUAAAAACUGAUUGUAUGCUUCAAAAACGAGAAGCAGUGAUGUUAAGUUUAAACACUAGGUUAACGAGGCUAAAAUGUAUAUUUCUAAACGUGUGGUUCUUAACUACCAUUUUGUCUGCUGAAAAAUGACACUUAGCUUGAGCGGAAAGAAAGCAGACAGCCAUCUGUUAGACUGCUGUCAUAAGGAGGACGCCAGUAUUUAAGUGGAACAAUAUACCAGUAUGGAUACCCAAGUAUUUAUCAGUAUGUUAAGAUUUACUGUGUGUUGAGGGCAGCUCACGUUAACGCUAACGAGUAAUGUUGUAUUUUCAAACUUCACACUACAACUAUGGCACACGGUGAAGGGCUGACUGGCUGCUAGUGUGGUUUUGGUGAAGUGUUAGUGGCCCGCAGUGUUUUUUUGUUUUUGUUUUUUUUAAACAUUUUAUCUCAACAUAUACGAGCUGAAGAGAGGGAAGCCAAGUAUGUUCGAAAAGUUAAAUCUCCUCGUUCUUUGAUUCUUGUCAGUUUUGAGCAAUGACCAGUGAAGGACUGGAUUGGUUUUUCACUACAACACACUUGUUUUCUUUUGCCUUUCAUUGCCUUGAAUAAUGAAAGAUGGUGUUUGGGUCCUUUUAGGGUUUUCGGAGCUCUGCUAUGUGAACCUUUUUGGGUAACCGUGGUUGUGUGAUUUCCCUUCCUGUGGGCUUGUUAGAAUAAGCGGAAUCGAACUUAUCUUUUUGACAUCAGUGUGGAGUCGGUGCAUAUUCAAAACUUAAAUCUUGUCCCUUUUUUUUGUGUGUUUUUCAUCUUCCUGUAUGAUAAGGACACAUUACCAGAACUCUAUUAUUUCGGACCACUUGAUUUAUUUUUCCUCACUCCAAUGAAACCUGAAGGUCAAUUGUGUAGUGGUGUAUAAAAUGCUUUUUUUUCUUCUUCUUUAUUUUGUAUGUAAACCAAAUGUAAAUUAUGUAUUAUACUGAGUGUGCCAACCCCACUCUCUCUAGAGCCAGGCUCUCUCUAAGUGCCAACGCUGUGGUCAUCAUCAAAGGACCACCACCUGAGACGGUCCCCCCUUUUUAAAUAAAACACACCAGAGACUAAAAGGAUAGAUGAUUAAGUACACACAAAGACUUUAUUCUGUAUUUAAGAUUGAAGAUUUAAAAGAUAAUCUGCUGUUUUUUAAGAAACUGUAAUUAUAAUUGCAUGUGCUGUUUAUUUUGUGUUGGAAGUGAGGGCUUUGAUGUUUUCAUUGAAGCAAAGCCCUCGAUGAAGGGGGUUCAAUCAGUUGGUUAUUAUCGAUUAUUGAUUUACAUAACUCUUGCCAUAUUUUUUUAUGUGUUUCAUGUAUUUGUUUCAACCACUGUUGCCUGAUCCUCAUUCAAACAUGAACAUGACUUAUGAUCAUUGCCGCCUUCUAAGAGAGAAACAUAAUGACAAGGUAUCUGUUUUAAAUUGAAAUAAAUUUGUUCCUAUACUU